CCAUCUUCAUUUCUUUGGACCAAAGACAUCACAGACAGCCAGUUUUAGUUAAUCCACCCUUUCCAUAAGACUCUCGCUGUACCAAUAAUCAAUCCCACCAAACCGCCAAGUGCAUACUCACUCAGUACCCGUUCGUUCCCUGGCGCGACAACUCCUAUUGCGACAGACACGCAAUCCAUCUCAAACACUUGAAGCCUUCAAUCUUCAACCAAGUACAAACAACAGACUGGAUAAUCAACCACUUCCAAAUUGUCAAAUCCUAAAUCCAGAAACAUGCUCCGCCGCAAACCAACCGCAUUAACCAUCACAUCAGAAGAUAUCGCCGCAUUCGAGGAGACAUAUCUCCGUAAAUUGGCAUAUGCACGAUAUCUGAAAACUGGCGAGGACCCGGACGGAUUGUUCUCACGCGAGGCUGAAGGGGCAGCAGCAAGGACGGAGCAAGGCACCGGCACCGCGACUGGAACUGGUAUGACGGGGACUGUUCGAUCAGUAUCGGUGUCGGCACCAGGCUCGGGUGUCAUUGACCCAAAUGAUGAGCUUAAGCCUUUACCCGGGGAUAGGGCGAGGAUUGUUCGAAGUAGAGAGGAGAGGAUUAUGGGGGCUGGAGGAGCGGCGAUGGGGGCGGGGAGGUGA